UCUAGCUGUCCAGCCUCGUACUCAUUCACUCGCUUGUCCAUUCAGCCAUUACAGCAACCCUCAUCUCCUCCUCCAAGCAAAGCAUUCCACAACGUACAACGGUACUGCCACAAAGGGGAAGAAGAGAAGAGAUCACGGAGGCGGUUGCAAUGGUGGACGUGGACCGCCGGAUGGCCGGCCUGUCCCCGGCGGCACACGCGGCGGGACUUCGCCGCCUGUCCACGCGCGCCGCGGCGGGGCCCUCGUCCGCGUCCGCGUCGCCGCGCCACGGGCUACACUCCUUCGACGCCCUCGCCGCCGCCGUGCUGUCUCACCUCAGGGCGUCUGGGGUCGCCGUGCUCCCGGGGCUCACGGACGCCGAGCUGGCCCGGGCCGAGGCCGAGAUGGGCUUCGCGUUCCCGCCUGACCUCCGCGCGGUGCUCGCCAUGGGCCUGCCCUCCGGGCCGGGCUUCCCGGACUGGCGGACGCGGGCGGGGCUCCGGGCCGCGUUCGACCUGCCCAUCGCGGCGGCGUCGCUCCAGAUCGCGCGCGGGGCGCUCUGGCCCCGGUGCUGGGGCCCGAGGCCGGCGGACCCCGACCGGGCGCUCCGGCUCGCCCGCUCCGCCAUCCGCAGGGCGCCGCUGCUGGUCCCGCUGUUCGACCGCUGCUUCCUGCCAUGCCGCCCCUGCCUCGCCGGGAACCCAGUCUUCUUCGUCACCGACGACCGCGUGCUCUGCUGCGGCCUCGACAUCCUCCACUUCUUCACCCGCGACUCCUCCUUCCAGCCGGCCAACAUGGCCCUCCAAUCCCCAUCCUUCCCGCCGUCUUCAGCGCUCGGCGAGGCGACGACGCCGUACAUGCGGCGCAGCCUCGACGCGGCCUGCGGCGGCAAGCUGGCCCCGCGCUGGAUCGAGUUCUGGAGCGACGCCGCGUCCGACCGCCGCCGCCGCGACUCGUCCUCCUCGGAGGCAUCCAACGUGUCCUCCUCGUCCUCCGGGUGCUCGUCGCCGCCGCCGGGGGGGAGGAGGACGAGGACCCCGCACUGGGUCGACAGCUACCUGGACAAGCUCGGCUCCGUGCUGAAGAAGGGCGGGUGGAGAGACAUGGAGGUGAACGAGAUGGUCGAGGUGACGGCCUCGGGCCUCUUCGACGGCGGCGAGGAAGCGCCGGCGGCGGCGGUGGACGCCGACGCCGUGCUCGACGCGCUCGUGCUCAAGGCCGACCGGUGCUCCGACUCGCUUCGUCGAGCCGGGUGGAGCGCCGAGGACGUGUCGGACGCGCUCGGGCUCGACCUCCGGAGGUGCAAGGAGCGCUCGCGGCCAGCCGUGCGGAUCCCGUCGGAGAUCGCCGCCAAGGUCGAGCGGCUCGCGCAAUCGGUAGCCAGGCCGUGACGUCGCCACCGCCGGAAGCUACUGGCACGGAGCAGCUUGCCGCUUUCUUGAGAAAAAAAGAUCCUUUUUUUUUGUUCUUCUCCUCCUGACUUUUUCACUAUAGAAGGAAAGAAUACCUGUACUUUAGGCAAGUAAGUAAAAAUUAACCCCGUCAUUAUGUCAUUCAUGUGCAUGCUGAAUUGCGUUCUGCGGAUCGCUGAAAUGAAAUUUGGAUCUAGGAAAAUGACUAACGGUAAUAUUGACGGCGACGCA